AUUUAGCACAUCCAAAAUCGUUCACAUCUUUAAGCAUUUUAGCCCCAAAAACAAGCAUCUUAUUUACAACUCUCUUUUCUCAACUUUCUCUUCCCAAGUAUCAUCAUAUAAAACAUGGGUUUUCGUUUACCUGGUAUCAGAAAGGCAUGUCUUCGAGCAAUCCAAGCAUCUUCAAAAGUUGUGGAUGUGCCAAAGGGUUACAUUGCAGUCUAUGUUGGAGAUCAAAGGAAGCGGUUUAUGAUCCCUUUGUCAUACUUGAACCAACCUUCAUUUCAAGAUCUGUUGAGUCAAGCUGAGGAAGAAUUUGGCUAUGACCAUCCAACUGGUGGUCUCACAAUUCCUUGUGGAGAAGAUGUGUUUUCAGAUAUCACUUCUCGCUUCGAUAGCUGCUAACUGCAUGAAAAUGGAACUGACUUAGAAGUAGACAUAUACUUGACACAUUUUUGUAUCAUAGUUACUUACCUUGAGAAUAUUUCCCUCUCCAUGUUUGAUGACCGAAUUUGGAAAAUGAAAUUUAAUCUGAAUGGGAAAGUUUUUGAACAGUAACCUUUUUCAAGUUUUAUUCUUUCAUAGUAUAUAUGUAUAUAUCUUAAAGAAAAGAACUUUAUUGAAUAGGAAAUGGGCUAAGCAUAUGUUUAUUUAAAUUGAACGACCUGAGCAAGAUUUCAUCAAUAUAGUUGAACAAGAAAAAUGAUUUAGGAUGGCCUGAUCAAACAAAAACACGAGUCUGAGAAUGGGACAGCAAUUUUUAUAUCUUCCUAUUUUGCUACAGCCAGUUGCACUUAUCAUCGUGUAGCAGCGCCGUACAUGAGAAAUAUUCACUCUUAUGAUGAUGCCCCACUUAGUUAUGAUAAACGAAUUUUGAUCACCUCUGCGUCAAGCAGCAGCUCCAUCUUCACAUGGGCGAUUCAGCAUAUUGUAGUUGCCUCUAGGACCAGAAUAGCAGAAAUUUGAUUGAAAUACAUUGAUAGUGUAAUUUUUGAGGAUUAUCAGAGUGAUAGAUGG